AUGGAACGACACCCGUCUUGCAUGACUUCAAUCACGGCUCCGGGACACUUCACCGUGGAUGUACCGAACGGUUCUGGUUGCCGCGAACGGUACCACCUGUAUCCCAAUGGCGACAAUACGGUCUAUCAAGGCGGUCAAAUAGUGUGCCACCCUGGAGAGGAAAAUUAUGCGAUCGAACACAUGAAUCAGUACGGGGAGGGCGUCAACCAGAUCCCUCAUGGCUACCAGGGCGCCGUCGCGGAACAUCACGCCGACGGGACCCCUUACGCUCCGCUAGGCGCCCACGAGGAUCCGAUGCACCAGGAAGGUGGAGACUAUGGAGAAGAAAUGGAGCAUGAAGGAGGAGAAGAACACGAAAUGGGACAUAUGCACGGGGAGGAGAUGGAACCUGACUUUGACGAAGAGUAG